GCAAACGUCAACCGUCUAUCACCAUUAUACUUAUUGCAAGGCAUGAUAUUUCAACUGCAUACACAUAUCUCAAACCUGGGAACUUCUCCUCGUAUUCGCGAUUCAACAGGCUCAGAUGCUGAGCCGUUCCAUGUUGCCCCGCCAUGCUCAGGUUCGCCUGUUCCGCCUUGCUAAAUUCGCUCAGAGGCCGCUCUUCCUGCCCUUUGGAAGCUUCACUUUCCGCACUCCUAGAUGCCGGCGCUUUCUCCCCAAGUCGUGGGUGCGAGCCUAGAAUAUCCAGGAGUACAGUUCGGUCGUCAGGCGCUUUGGAGGAAGCGAGAGAGAUGAGCCUUGCCCUGACCAGGUCGAUCAAGGCUUCGUAUGAAAUGCAUUUCUGCUGAAGAAGUAGUGAUUCCGUGAGAGAAUGUAAGUGUUUGGAAGGCUCGAAGAGUGUAUCGAGGAUCUGGUUGCAAUCCGAAGGCCGGAGUGCGGGGAGCGUACUGAUGUCUGGUAACGUGAAGGUAUUCAUAGUUGCCAAAAGCUGAAUGUUCUAGUCUAGACAAGCUGAUAAUGCUGCUAUCACGGGUCUCGAGGCUUCUGUAUGGGAUAAGGUGCGGGCGGUUAGUGAUUUGUUGAUGCUCCCUUUAUUUAUCAAUGACAUAUUCCCAUGUCGAUCUGGGCUAUGACGAAGUUCGGAUGCCCCAAACCCUAACUAAGUGGGAUCGUCGCCUGCCAGCAAAUGGGAGCUUCGACGCUGGCUUGUGUUAGGCCUGGCCAGUUCAGUUUCUCGCGGCUCGAGGACUCGCGAGUAACUUUGCCGAUGUGGAAGUGCAGGAUCUUCGCAGAGCCACUUGAAUCGCCGGUAAUACAAAUGGAAGUUCAACACUUUGUCAACAGUACCCUCAUUUCUUUUUUGUGAGACAUCUUGCAGGGGAUGGGAUCUGACCUGGCGAUAAAACUGGUAAGCUUGUGACCCAAGCUUGGCCGUGCUUGGCGCGAAUCUCGUUUCCCGACGUCAACGCAAAUUCCGACAUCACUUCCACCUCAUAUUUGAUACUGCGUGGGAUCACCAACGUCGCUGGCGAUAUACACCGCGCACCCGGUUUUGGCUAGAACGAGCUUCAUUUCCUACAAUCGCCAUAAAAUCAAACUCUGCAAACUCUUAACAUAGAAAUCCUGUCCCAGAAACCAGGUCGGGCGCCAUCUCGCGCACCCACUCCGCCGAAAUGCCCUACCUCACCACCUCCCAAGACUUCCUCAAACAAUCCUCCCUCCUCCUCGAAGCAUACCCGCACACCACCCGGAUAACAACAAAAUACUCCUACCCCAAGCCGUCCCACAAAUCCAAACCCACCACAGCCACAGCGACAACCUCAACCUCUUCCUCACAGCCCGUUUCCAAGCCAGCUACCCUAACUCUAAAAACAUACAACCCCUAUAAUGGCAUAUGUCUAAAAUACCGCACCACCAAAGCCGCGGAAGUUAGCCGUCUCAUCGCCGGACUCGGACGUCUCGCGUCCGGCGCGCCCAUAGCGGACGCUACUAGCUCCACCCCUUCCGCACCACCAGCCCAACAGGGCCAGUCGCAUGCUGUAUCGGGCGUGUCGGGCGGAGAUGCGGACAUGCUUGAUGUUUCUGUUGUGGCUGGUGGUGUAGCGGGAACUGGAAAUGUUACGUCGAGCGCUACGAAAGGAAAUGGAGGGGGCGGCGGGAAGAAAAAGAAAGGCGGCAAGGGAAAAAGAUAAGUUGCGAGGGAGAGCUGUUGGGUCUUUAGCUUGAGUAGGUUUGGGAUUCCGUGAUCAAAUCAGUAUCUCCUGCGCUCUAUUCAAAGUUGCGCUAUAUGUCUACACCGCGAUAAUUGGUGAAUUACUAGCUUGGGAGGUGAUCGUUUCGUUAAAUUUAUUACGAAAUAGCCGGAUGCUACUCUCCAAUAUCAUUUAAAUUUCUGUUUUUAAG